UGAAAUGAGAACAGGGGAAAUUUGAAGUGUUACUGAUUAUAACCAGCUCAAUAUUUCCACUUCCUGUAUAUGUGAUAGCCACGCAUCCCGAUAUUUCUUUUUCUAGAGAUGAUAUUCGUUAAAUAACACUUAUUCCUGCAAGCCAAAAAAUAAAGAUAACUUUUAUGUUUUUUGGGGUAAUUGACUAAAUCUAAUCACAAUGACAGCAAAUUGGCCACAUACUGUAACUAAUCAUGGGGCUUUUUAUUUUUGGUUUAUUUAUUUAUUUUUCAUUAUACUUCUUUUCCCAGCAUUUCUCAAUUUACAAAAACACGAAGCAUGCUUGAGCUUUAAUUUCCAUAACAGGAAACGGAUGAGCCCUUUCACAAUGUACCGGCGCACUAAUGUGUAGAUGUUUUUCAAAUGACAAAAUGAGAUCCCAUUGAAAGCACUUAAUGAGGCUCCCUCUAUAUCGUUGUCAUCUCGCACCAAAAUGGCUGCUGGCCUUACGGCUGUCAGAGCUGGUUUCCAUCAGUGUGUUUACUAGGCUGCCGAUCGAUGAGGCUUAAUUUUGAUCCCCCCCGAGUGUCGCUCGCAAAGAUAAUCGGGGGUGAUUACGUUCUGGAGGCGCUGCCGCCGAGAACAUAAAUGAAAGUCAAAGUGACGAUUGCCGUCUUGUGAUGUCAUGAAUUACAAACUUUUUUUCAUCCAGUUGACAAGUGGCACCGUUCAGCCAAGGAACAUUUGGCACCGUGGGGCAACUGUUUCUCGGUGUCAGACUUCCUGGCCUCUUCCCUGACAUGGCGGAUAAAUGGCAGCCAUUAAUACAAAUACAGAGGCGCCUUGAGAUAGAAGCGAUCCAACUUACUCGUCUUUAAGAAACAUACUCGAACACAAACAGUGGCGAAACAUAAAGUGGACCAAGUUGGAUAGCUUGGCAACAAAAUAGGCCGACAUAUUUUUUUUUGUGACACCCUGACUCGGAGACAUAUAUUCUUUAUCCUCUGCAAAUAACUACCAUUACCACAACUAUGACCUUCUUUAUACGUAUUUUAUAAAUAAGCCCUCAUGUGGCCAAGUCAAGCACUAGAAGGAAGAAUUGAUGCUGAUUUAUUGAAAAAAAAUAUUUUGGGAAGGUGCUAGAACAGAUUAAUGGUAUUUCCAUUUGUUUCAAUGGGGAUAGAUGAUUUGAGAUGUAUUUUGAUCAGCAAGCGUGGUCACGGGAUGAAUUGAACUUUCAAGGCACUACUGUACAUGUUGACCUGCAGCAGUAGGGACAUGAAAUAAUCGAACAAUACCAUCUUUGCGUGUACUUAAAAGCCCAGAAGUGAUUUUGAAAGAUGUGUUUUGAUUUAUUUUCGAUUGGAAAGGGAUUUUCCGAGUGCAUUCUGUUGGAAUACCGCAAGCCAUGAAAAAAAGGAAAACUUGUAAAUCAUGAACUAAACUGCUGCCUUCAAGGCCUUCGAUAAAUAAUGGCACACAAUCAGAAAAACUCACCUCGGGGCUCUGCUGGGAAGACUUUCAACAUAAUUUUUGAAACAAAACAUGUAAAAAUAUUUAUCCUGUAGCUUCUCAAUGUCUGUUUAAGCUCAUUGCAUUUAAUAAUGUUCCUAUCAAAACAUCUCUUUUAAACUAGCCAGAGUGGACGUUUGGCUGGUUACAGUAAAUCAUUUUUGCUCUUUCCAAGAUGAGGGCCUUUUCUAUCACGGGAAUACCAUGGCAACCAUGCUGGCAAGUUUCAAACUCACACACAUACCGUUUUUUUCCGUGUAUAGUGCGCAAUAUUUUACUAAUUUAUUGUCCUAAAAUCUGGGGUGCGUAUUAUACAUGGGUACAAAGAAAAAAAAAAUUAUUUUUUUUUUUUAAUUUUUUUUUUUUUUUUUUAAAUAAAGUCAUGGUACAACAAAACCAACAACAGGACUGACCGACAAAGUCGUGGAACAAAAAGACAGGGUGACAUUACCAAAGACAGGAACAGAAUGACAGUAACACAUGCAAUGAUCCAACGGUGAGCGAGGGGCAGACAGGACUUAAAUACAAAACACGUUACAUCGAUUGAGGUGACACAGGAAGAGCGGGGUGACACGAACAGAAACUAUGGCAACCUAGACACAUAGCAAAACUGGGGACGAGACAUGACAAAUCUCCCCCGAAAUAAAACUCACCUUUCUUCUUGUUUGUUGUCAAUCGCGCAUCGCAUUCAGCCAUCCUGCCCAACACACUUAGUAAAAUUCAUAAUUGACGACACAUCGUUUGAUGCGAUGGUGCGUGCAAUCCUCGAUGGUGUGUUAUUGUCAAAUAUUGUUUGUUUUUUAAUCUCCAUCGCGGACCGGACGUCAUACGGAGGCCGCCAUUACAGAUGCGCAGAACGGUUGCGCAAGACACGUCAGCUAUAUAAAGAGCGAGAGUUCAGUUCUCCACCUAUUAGUUUCAAUUCACAGUUUAAUUAGCAGUUUCAAUCAGCAAAUAACAAAAUGCGUAUUACAGGUAAUAUUUUGUUUCACAACACUUUGCCUUGUUCCUUUCGUCUCUGCUGUUCAUUUCAAACACGCUCCAUACGACCGCAAUGCUCUUGUAUCAGACGCUCGCUCGAUCACCUGCUAGUUUGCCAUCUGUCACAAUGUACCCUACACAAAUCCGAAACAUUUGUUGCGGCUCCGAGUCACGACGAGGGGCAAGUUUUGGUUUCCAAGGGUGUUUUUAUUCCUCUUCAACGUCUCUCCCAUACAGAGCCGCCGUGUGCGCACGGAGCGCGGUGGUGCGUUUAGGGGCAGUCGGAGAAAUCAACGCCAACAAAAAAAAUGACAUCCAGCCUAGUUAAGACCAUACCAAAGACUUUAAAAAUGGGACCCAUUGCCUCCCUGCGUGUGUGACGAUCUUUGGGACUUAAAAAAAAUAAAAAUAAAAAUAAAAAAUUAAAAAAAAAUCAUAAAAAUUGGGUGCGUAUUAUACAUGGGUACAAGCUUUUUUCCAGCAUCAGCAUGCCAUUGUUAGGGGUGCGUACUAUACAUGGGGGCGCACUAUACACGGAAAAAAACGGUAUACACAAUGUACCACCACUGUGCGUGUGUGUGAUCGGCAUAUCCCAUAUGGCCUCAGGCGGUCCGGGUGCUGAGCUGUAAUCAAAGCAGGCACACAGGUCGAACUUUAUUAGCAACUACUCGAUAGCCGCGGCUAACAAGGACAACCAGCCAGUGCGGCAAUACGACAGAAACAGUGAGUGGGAAACGUCGGCGAGGUCUUUUCGGGAAGCAGAGAGCCUCCCAUGGGCCUGAGGAGGCAGCCCGUAUAGACAGGUUUUUUUUCUUUACCUUUCGGAUCAAGUUGUGAAGUUGAUGAGGUGGACAUCUCCCAGGUAGGCUGUUCUUCCUCUUGUCAUACUGUAUGGCUGAGAAAGAUAAAGGCAUGCAUGUUAAUGGAGAGCAAUAAUAAAAUCAAAAUCUGUUAUCUAUCUAAAACAUAGGUGUUAAACUCAAGGCCCAGGGGCCAGAUAUGGCCCGCCAACGUCAUUUUAUGUGGCCCGCAAAGACAAAUUGUGCAUCGACUUUGUGUCAUUACUAAAAUUACAAAUUGUCGUUAUCUUUUAAAAACAGAGAUAUAGCUAGCAUUUUUUUAUUGCCCUUCGAGGGAAACUAUGCGGCCUGUGACAUAAAUGAGUUUGACACCACUGAUCUACAAGUUACUUUCCUUUUUUUGAUCCAAAUGGAUUUUACUUUUUGACAUUUUUUCCCUUAUUAAAGAGUCAUCUAAAUUUCAAGUAUGGAUCAUUUGCAUCACUGCACAAUGUCUUUUCAUGAGCAUCAAUCAGCAACUACCUAUAAAUAUUGCAUCUAUGUGAUUGCUCAUUCAGUGCAGCGAUCAAAUGAAAAGUAGCGACGUGAACAUUUUCUAGGCCAAUCAAUCACUGGCAAAUGUUUUCCUCUCAGUGUGCCAAUUUCUUGAUCAAAUGAUGUCAUCCAGAAUUGGAAUACAAGAUAGUGGGGUUGGGUGUUUGGGUGUACUGACAUACAUAGUUAGGAAUAAAUCCAGUCAUGGAAACGUACCCUCCCAAGUAGAAAGGCUAAACUUGGAUCAUCAUUUCUUUAUAGCUUUUCUGCAUAUUCGCAUCCAUCUACCAAAGAACCAUAAUCCAGUUUGAGAACGCCAAGGGAUCCACUCUCGUAGUGGAGGUCCACCAUGGGCAAAACCGGACAGAGUACGGUAGACUUGAACUCACCGAGUGAUGUCAAGCAAGCGGUUCCUUUUGAGGAAAUGGAGCUUGCGGCACCACUUGCGGAGCAAGAGAAGCAAAAAGAGGAGCCACCUGACCGAGGAAGCUGGAAGGGCAAGUUUGACUUCCUGCUUUCCUGCGUGGGGUACGCCAUUGGUUUAGGGAAUGUCUGGAGGUUCCCGUAUUUGUGCGGCAAGAAUGGCGGAGGAGCAUUCCUGAUCCCGUACUUUAUGACUCUGGUGUUUGCUGGGAUACCACUCUUUCUACUGGAGACGUCUCUUGGACAGUUCACCUCAGUUGGAGGUCUCGGGGUGUGGAAGCUCAUGCCGAUGAUGAAAGGUGUUGGUCUGGCCGCAGUGGUGCUAUCCUUCUGGCUCAACAUCUACUACAUUAUCAUCAUAGCCUGGGCCCUCUACUACUUGUUCAACUCCUUCGGCUCGGAGCUGCCCUGGCAAAACUGUGACAAUCCCUGGAACACAGAUAAGUGUUUCUGCAACUACAGCCUGAAGGACACCACAAACCUGACUAGUGCUGUUACAGAGUUUUGGGAGCGUAACAUGCACCAGUUGUCCGGUGGUCUGGAGGAACCCGGGGAACUUCGUUGGCCCCUGGUGGGCACCCUGGCACUCGCAUGGGUUCUCGUCUAUUUCUCAAUCUGGAAGGGAGUGGAGUGGACUGGGAAGGUGGUGUACUUCUCAGCUACCUAUCCCUACUUUAUGCUCUUCAUCCUGUUCUUCCGUGGGGUCACCCUUCCUGGAGCCAUCGACGGCAUCCGCUUCUACAUCACCCCAGAUUUCAAUAAGCUCACUCGCUCAGAGGUGUGGCUGGACGCCGCCACCCAAAUCUUCUUCUCCUACGGCCUAGGCCUGGGCUCGCUCAUUGCGCUGGGCAGCUACAAUAGCUACAAUAACGACGUCUACAAGGACUCCAUCAUCGUGUGUUGCAUCAACUCCUUUACCAGCAUGUUCGCCGGCUUUGUCAUCUUCUCUAUCGUGGGCUUCAUGUCGCACAUCACUAAGAAGCCUGUACACGAGCUAGCAGCUUCGGGCCCUGGCUUGGCGUUUUUGGCAUACCCCCAGGCAGUCACGCAGCUACCAAUGUCGUCCCUGUGGGCCAUCCUCUUCUUCUCCAUGCUCAUGAUGCUGGGCUUGGACAGCCAGUUCUGCACAGUGGAAGGUUUCAUCACAGCUCUGAUGGAUGAGUAUCCCUUAGUGUUAAGGAAGAGGAAGAAGGUUUUCAUCUUGAUCGUCUGCUUCGUGUCCUUCAUCAUUGGGUUCUCCAAUAUCACACAGGGUGGCCUGUAUGUGUUUAAGCUGUUUGAUUAUUACUCAGCCAGCGGAAUGUGCCUACUCUAUCUUGUCUUCUUCGAGACCGUCUCCAUCGCCUGGCUAUAUGGAGCCGAGAGGUUCUACAACGACAUCGAGGACAUGAUCGGCUACCGACCCUGCGUUUGGUGGCAGCUCUGUUGGAAGUUUUUCACGCCACUCAUCUGCCUGGGCGUGUUUACCUUCAGUGCUGUGGAGAUGACACCCCUGACUCUGGGCAAGUACGUGUACCCCGUGUGGGGCCAAACCAUCGGCUGGUUCAUGGCCUUGUCCUCCAUGGUGCUCAUCCCGGGCUACGUCGUCUAUAUGCUGUACAUCACGCCGGGAUGCAUCAAGGAGCGCUGGAAGAGGAUGACGACGUCACAGCAAGACAAGCCAUCGGGUCACGAUGGGUUCAUGCACACUGGGAAUGUUGGUGAAGCUCUCGUCUAGCCCCCCCGUCCUCCUCUUGUGUUAUCCCUAGAAUAAUAAUCACGCUGUCAGGACACAUUUAGUGAGAUUUGACACUUGGAUGUAACGACUUGCUGUGACAUUUUAAAGCUUUAAAAAGGGAAAUUCUUUCGAUAACUGUGAUUGUAGGUCAUCAUAUGGUAAUAAAAUCUUUUUUUUUUUUUUUAUUUGUGUAUAAUAGCGUAGGCCAUACAUUAUUGAUAACGAAAAAGCAAUACACACGUAUAAUGGAUUAAAACUGUUAGACACAUGUAAAUAUAUUCAAUUUAAAACUGACUCGUCUGAAUAAUGUGGAACAAAGAAUGUGGUUUAAAAAAAGAAUGAAAAUAAGGAUUUUUAGAUUCCUCAGGUGUACCUAAUAAAGUGUCCAGUGACAUUUGAAUACUCAACCUGCUGUUUAUAUAACAAAUACUUGAAUGCAUUGUAAUUGAACUCUGAUGUAAAGUGCACACAAUUAGUUGGAUAAAUAUGUAAAUAAUAUUUAUAUAUAUUCUUCAAAAAUAAAAAACAACUUCCAAAAGCAAACACAAACAAACUUGAAUGAUAUUUAAUAGCAUGUUGAUAUACUGCAAAGACAGUUCAAGAGAGGAAUUCAACCGUGGGAAGUCAUGGCUCAUUUCUCUCACACUCCCUUAUCUUUAACUUUUUUAAAAUUAAUUCAUUAAAUGUAAAUUCACUAAUAUGAUGUCAUCAUGUCAUUUAUGAAGCAGUGCACUUGUAUAUAUGGGAGAGCCCUUUGGUCAGUGUCCUGUCAUAGGUGAAAGUCAGCCACUCGUGGGACUCCCUAAAUGCUACAUUGGUUGCCGUGGUAACGUCCCGUACACGCACACACAUAUAUAAAGCAUCUCCCAAGAAAAUUCAACAGUUAAGUUUGAGAGGGGGGGGGGAGAACCUGACAUUUGCUUAUUCCACUGGUCACCCCACUUGAAUGGGGUAAUAAUUCAAUGCAUUGAGAUUUUAUUUUUUUUUAGGACAGAAAAAUGUACCCCUUUAUUCCCCAUUCAUGUGCUCACACACUUAAUUCAAUCAUGCAUCAAAACAUACAUGCAAACCAAAUUAAAAUCUUGGAACAAACUUUCUCAUGUUUUUCAAGCCAAUAGAAAUAAAUCAACAGAAGUGCUUGUUCAGGGGCGUACUUAACUUAUUCUUUCUAUUUUAUUGUACCGUAUUUUCCGGACUAUAAGGCGCACCUAAAAACCUAAAAUUUUCUCAAAAGCCGACAGUGUGCCUUAUAGUCCGGUGCGCCUUAUAUAUGGACUAAAUUCCUAAAUCUAAACUGGCCCGAAGCAUUGUGUCAUGAAAUCAAUCAUAAGUGGCCCGCUGAAGACUAUGAAUCAUGAAUCAAAACGACUAUGGAUCAUUAUUUUGUGAUUAUAAAUUAAUUUGUUGCGUCUGAAGUUGAAAUAGAAAUGAUAAAUAGAGAAUGAUUUGAUUUGGAUUAAAAAUCUGACAUGAUGCAUUAAUGGUGCGCCUUAUAGUCCGGUGCGCCUUAUAUAAGGACAAAGUUUUAAAAUGGGCCAUUCAUUGAAGGUGCGCCUUAUAGUCCGGUGCGCCUUAUAGUCCGGAAAAUACGGUACUUUUAUGUGUUUGCUAGAAUGUCUUGAAAAAAGCACAACUAGCUGCAAUAAUGCUGAAGUUUUAUGCAGGAUUUGUUCAUGUUUCAUUUCAGGACACACAUUUCUUUUUUUUUUUUUAAAGUCCAUGUGAUGUUAUCAGUAAAUAAAAGAUGGCUAGAGUUGAAAAAAAAAAUCAAUAAAUCUGCCUGAUG